UUGAAAAACCUACACAAGUAGCUGUCCGGCUUAGUGAUCAAGGAAGCUAGCUUGUUUAGUUUGUACUAGGAGUGGUGGUGCAAACCCUUCCACAAGUUGUGAAGAAGAGUGGAGUAGGCUUCGUUAAUAGCCGAACCAGUACUAUAAAAAUCCUUCUCUCACUCUCUCUCUCUUUACUUUCAGUUAUUUACUCUUACUGCAUUGCAUGCAUACUGACCAAACCGUAACUUUCCAUAUCAAAAGCGUGCAAAGAAUACAUUAAAACGAAUUCACAUUUUUCCGCUGUGCAUUUUUACCCAAAAGUUAUUUUCAAAAGAAAAAUCGGAUAGAGUCUACUCACCCCCUCUAAGCUCUCGUUAUACCCUAUCGGGACCAACAAUUUUCCUCUCUUAUUAACUACCUAUUGAUCUCCUUCAGAAUGGCACAGCUAUAUCAUUGGGUUUGCUUCUUAUUUAUUUGCUUAUUACUGAGUGUAGCAAGCAAGACAGAAGCCGCCAUAAACGUUACUUUAACCGUUAUUGUGGAAUCUGCAAUAUCUAAAGGAGCAGUUUGCACUGAUGGUAGUGCACCUGGAUAUUACUAUGACAAAGGACAUGGGGAAGGUGUGGCAAAUUGGGUGAUAUUUCUAGAGGGAGGAGGGUGGUGCUUGGAUGCUCAAAAUUGUAAGAAUCGAGUCAUGGGAAACUUAUGGUCUUCAAAGUACAUGUUCCUAGUGCAUGAAUUGGGAAACCUUUUGAGUGAAAACCCCAAUGAAAAUCUUGAUUUUUAUAAUUGGAAUAGGGUUUACGUUGCUUAUUGCGACGGAUCAUCUUACACCAGUGAUGCCAAUGAAGUGGAUCGGGCUACAAAUCUAACCUAUAGAGGUGCAAAGGUUUUUUAUGCUUUAAUGGAGGAUUUUAAGGCCAAGGGUAUGGGAAUGGCGAAAAACGCAAUCUUUUCGGGGAAUUCAGCUGGAGGAGUGGCCAUGAUCUUACAUUGUGAUCAUUUUCGAGCUCUACUCCCAAGCACAAUCCGAAUAAAAUACCUUGCAGAUUCAUCUUAUUUUAUCGAUGAUAAAAAAUAGGAUGGUGAUAAAUUGUUCCAAUUAAGCUAUGAGUUUUUGGUCGGUUCAAUGGGAUCAGCUAAAUGGCUACCUCAACAAUGCACUUCAAGAAUUAUCAUGAAACCUUCACUUUGUUUCUUCCCACAGAACUCACUACAAUAUGUCAACACUCCGAUUUUCCUGACCACGUCCUCAUUCGAUCAAACUCAGCUCAAGUAUGGCUUGUCCAUGUCACAUGAAGUUUGCGUGAUCAAUAACAACUGCACCCUCAAUGAGAUGAGAAGAGUGAAAGAGCUAAGAUUGGACUUUUUAAGCUGAUUGCCAAAAACCAAAUCACACUCAUCAAUAGCAAUUUGGGUCAACAACUGCAUCAGCCAUGAAUUCACAUACUUCUCAUGGUAUGGAUCAGAAAAACUCAAAGUCAUUGGCAACAAGACUUAUGGAGAGGUAUUUGCUGAUUGGUAUUUCGAUCGAAAUGCAAUUAGUCCAAUUCAGAUAAUAGACAAGUCUGACAAGCCUGUUAAUUGUUCUGCAUUUGGGCAAAACCCACGAAAACCUUAAUUAGAAUCUCAUGUAACCUUAAUUCUACAUAUAGACUAUAUAUGAGAUUCUAAUUAAGGCUUUCAUGGGCGUUGCCCAAAUGCAGAACAAUCAACAGGCUUGUCAGACUUGUCUAUUAUCUGAAUUGGACUAAUUGCAUUUUGAUCGAAAUACCAAUCAACAAAUACCUCUCCAUAAGUCUUGUUGCCAAUGACUUUGAGUUUUUGUGAUCCAUACCAUGAGAAAUAUGUGAAUUCAUGGCUGGUGCAGUUGUUGACCCAAAUUGCUAUUGAUGAGUGUGAUUUGGUUUUUGGCAAUAAACUUAAAAAGUCCAAUCUUAGCUCUUUCACUCUUCUAAUCUCAUUGAGGGUGCAAUUGUUAUUGAUCACGCAAACUUCAUGUGACAUGGACAAGCCAUACUUAAGCUGGGUUUGAUCAAAUGAGGACAUGGUCAGAAAAAUCGGAGUAUUGACAUAUUGUAGUGAGUUCUGAGGGAAGAAACAAAGUGAAGGUUUCAUUCUUGAAGUGCAUUGUUGAGGUAUCCAUUUAGCUGAUCCCACUGAACCGACCAAAAACUCAUAGAAUUGGAACAGUUUAUCACCAUCUAAUUUUUGGACAUCGAUAAAAUAAGACGAAUUUGCAAGGCAUUUUACCCGAGUUGUAUUUGGGAAUAAAGCUCCAAAGCGAUCAUAAUGUAACAUCACGGCCACUCCUCCAGCCGAGUUCCCCGCAAAGAUUGCGUUUUUCGCCAUUCCCAUACCCUUGGCCUUAAACUCCUCCAUUAAAGCAUAAAAAACCUUUGCACCACUAUAGGUUAGAUUUGUAGCCGGAUCGACUUCAUUAGCAUCACUGGUGUAAGAUGAUCCGGCGCAAUAAGCAACGUGAAC